AUGCAUGUAGGCAAUCUGACCAACUUCUCUAAUGGCCAUAUGAAGGCCAUCGUUUUAUCCAGCCGCCAUCGGGCGUCCCCGGUCAAUCGUGAGUCUCGCGUUAUUCAUGUAACUGCCCGACGCCAAAGCCAAAAGGAGACAUUCCCUCGACAGAAAACACCGAAGACAAGCCAAAUGACUCGAGAUCGCCAGAUGCGUUUCGAGAUACGACUUGGUGAGGUGGUGAUGAAGAAGAAGAAGAACACCUCUAAACAUGAAUCUGGGCGUUAUUGUGAUCUUUACGGCCAGAAGCACCACGACUUUGCGCUGAUGUUAUCUGAGCGGGCCGACAAUCGGUCGGUCCGAAUCGGAGCCGAAGACACCUUGGCAACUAGGCCCACCCCAUCAUAA